AGUUCAAAUAAUGGAAGAGAUAAAGAACCCAUCAGGGACUUCACUUUUGGUACCAUCAGUUCAAGAAUUGACUAAACAAAACUUGUCUACGGUUCCACAAAGAUACAUUCAGCCUCAACAGCAUGAAGACAUGGUGCUCUUCUCUCAAGAUAAUAGUAUCCUUGAGAUUCCAGUUAUUGACAUGCAAAGCUUGCUUUCUCUAGAAUAUGGGAGUUCAGAAUUGAAUAAGCUUCACCUUGCUUGCAAAGAAUGGGGUUUCUUUCAGCUGGUGAAUCAUGGUGUUAACUCUUCCUUGGUGGAGAAAGUGAAGUUGGGGAUUGAGGAUUUCUUCAACCUUCCAAUGUCAGAGAAGAGAAAGUUUUGGCAGAGUCCGCAACAUAUGGAGGGGUUUGGACAAGCAUUUGUUAUGAGUGAAGACCAAAAACUUGACUGGGCUGACCUUUUUUACAUGACCACCCUUCCCAAAAGCUCCAGAAUGCGCCACUUAUUUCCACAACUCCCUCUUCCGUUCAGGGACACCCUAGAGCUUUACUCACAGGAGAUGAAAGAUCUAGCCAUGGUUUUAAUUUUCCACAUGGGAAAGGCUUUGAAGAUGGAAGAAAAGGAAAUGAGAGAAUUAUUUGAAGAUGGGUUACAAUUGAUGAGGAUGAAUUAUUACCCACCAUGUCCACAACCAGAAAAGGUUAUUGGCCUCACUCCCCAUUCAGAUGGAAUAGGACUCACUAUUCUCCUACAAGCCAAUGAAGUUGAUGGACUCCAAAUAAGAAAAGAUGAUGUUUGGAUUCCAGUGAAACCCUUACCUAAUGCCUUCAUUGUCAAUGUUGGAGACAUAUUGGAGAUUAUAACGAAUGGAAUAUACCGAAGUAUUGAACAUCGAGCAACAGUAAAUUCUGAAAAAGAAAGACUUUCAAUUGCAACAUUCUAUAGCCCAAAUCAAGAUGGAAUGAUGGGUCCUGCGACAAGUUUGAUCACUGAACAAACACCUGCACAAUUCAAAAGAAUUGGAGUAAAGGAGUACUUUAAGUGUCUUUUUUCUCGUAAACUUGAGGGAAAGUCUUACGUAGACGCCAUGAGAAUUGAGCAUGAUCACCCUUGA